AUGGUAUAUUAUGCAGGAUAUUUUCAUGGCAGAACAGACACAUCUGCUAUAACAAUUGAAUGGGCUAUGGUUGAGUUAAUAAACAACCCUGAUGUAAUGCAAAAAGCAAGACAAGAGAUUGAUUCAAUAGCACAAAAAAGUAGAUUAAUACAAGAAUCAGAUCUUCCCAAGCUUCCAUACUUGCAAGCAAUAGUAAAAGAAACACUAAGAAUUCACCCUACAACACCAAUUAUAGUGAGACAAACAUCUGGAAGUUGUGUUGCUUAUGGUUAUGAGGUUCCAGCAGAAACCAUUUUAAUUCUUAAUUUAUGGUCAAUGGGUAGGGACCCUAAAUUGUGGGAAAAACCACUUGAGUUCAAACCAGAGAGGUUUAUGAGUGAAGAUGUUAAGUUUGAUGUGAGAGGACAAAAUUUUCAGUUUAUGCCUUUUGGAAGUGGAAGAAGGGCUUGCUCUGGGACUUCAUUAGCACUUCAAGUUGUUCCAACAAAUCCUGCUGCUAUGAUUCAAUGUUUUGAAUGGAAGGUUGGUGGUGAUGGAAAAGUUAACAUGGAAGAGAAACCUGCUAUGACACUUCCAAGGGCUCAUCCUUUGAUGUGUGUCCCUAUUCCUCGUUAUAAUUGCUUUUCUUUUGGUGAGUAG